AUGGCACUCACAGGAUUUCAGCAAUUGCCCCUGUCUGUUACCCAGCUUUCCCUCGCAGCCGUGUUGAAAUGUGGCCAAUCGUUUCGUUGGUCGAUAAUACCGUUGCCAGAGUCAACUUCCGACGAAAGUGGCAUCCCUUGCCAUGAAUACCGCCUGUGCCUAAAAGACCGCGUCGUCUGCCUUCGACAGUCACCGAGUACACUUUACUAUCGCUCAGCAUUCCCCGAUCCGCAGCCUCCGUUGUCGAAAAGAACAAUACAUGAAGCGGAAACGCUUGCAUGGCUUCGCGACUACUUCCAGCUCGACGUGGACUUGGAAAGCCUCUAUGCCGAAUGGGCAUCGCGCGACAAGGUCUUUGCCAAAGUAAAAGACCGCUUUUCAGGGAUAAGAAUCUUGCGGCAGGACCCCUGGGAGAACCUCGUUUCUUUCAUAUGCUCUUCGAACAACAAUAUCUCGCGAAUAACUAAGAUGGUGCAUAACCUCUGCCAACACUAUUCACCGCCUUUACUGUCGCUUCCAGAUCCGUGUAACCCUUCCGAGAAUUUAUCCUACCAUCCCUUCCCCCCGCCUUCCGCCCUUGCAGACUCGACCGUGAGCGCGACACUCCGUUCAUUAGGGUUUGGGUACCGGGCGGACUACAUUCAGAGAACUGCCAAAAUGCUUGUAGACGCCCAUGGCAGCUCCCUUCUUUCUGAUACCCAUGGAGAAGCUUCGGAAGUCUGGCUUGAAGGACUUCGCUCCCUCGAGACUGAGAAAGCAAGAGAAGAACUUCUCAAAUUCGUAGGAGUUGGUAGGAAGGUGGCCGAUUGUAUCUUGCUAAUGAGCUUGGACAAGAAAGAAGUGAUACCUGUUGAUACCCAUGUCCAUCAAAUUGCCGUCAAGCACUAUGGGAUGAAAGGCAAUUCCGGGAAAACCGCCAUGACACCCAAGCUGUACGACGAAGUCAACAACAAGCUCCAGAGUCUAUGGGGUGAUUACGCUGGUUGGGCCCAUUCAGUGCUGUUUACUGCUGACCUCAAGGCGUUUGCUGAUUAUGGGUUGGAUUCACCCGAGAAACUGAGCUCGGUUCCUCCAGCGAAAGCGGCUCAACUACUCGAUGAUGCGCUUCCUACACCUCCCCUGUCACCGUCCCCUUCUCCUCUCAAGCGCAAGUCAGCACCAUUGGUUUCAAAGGAGGUUGAUGCGCCCAUAGAAUCUCCAAAAAGACCAAAGAGAACUCGCAGGACGUGA